AUGUUCAAAAUUUAUCAGAACUCAAUAGCUAUUACUCAAUUUUACCAUCAUCCUGAUAUUUUUGAAACUAUGACUGCAAAUCCUAAAUGGCCUGAAAUUAUCAAUAAGUUAUUACCAAAUCAAAUGUCAUCAGAUUGUUCAGACCUG